UCACCAUGGUGACAACCACAGUCCAGACCAUGAACAUCACCAUGGUGACCCUCAGAGUGACUCUCAGCUGGAGUCGGCGAGUAAAGCGGACUCUCUGAGGAGCAGCAGCAGUCCGUCCAGUCAUGAGGAGGAGCAGUCGAGCUUCAGCAGCUCGCCGUUACAUAAAGAUACUACAGGAGCAGAACGAAGGUCUGCAUCAAAGUCUUCUAAAGACGGCGGUGAGGAUGGAAUGUUUAGGAGAAGAAUUCAUAAGCAGCCAAAAACUUUUGGAGGCAGAACUUCAAAGGACACGUAUGGAGCUCAAUAACCUCACAGAGAGGUUCAAGAGACUACAUGACAACUGCUCCUCCACACAACAGACAAACAGUCUGUUAGAGCAAAGGCUUCAACUGGUGGCCCAGAGCAUGGAAGGAGAACGGGAGAGGUUAAACAGCCGCAUCUCAGCACUGACGGAGAAACUAGCUGAUGCAAAGCAUGCCAACAGAGUUGACACAUUCAGCGGAACAUUGAUGCUGCAAAGAAAUGAGCACGAUUUUCAGCCAGAUGAUACCAUAACCCAGAUUUCUCUCCCCAUCACUCCUCCUCCAAUUGAGUUCAUGGACAAUCAUAACUUUGGAAAUGUCCAAGCGGGCAGUCAGGAGCUUCCUCUGGGGUCAGUUCCAGAGGAGGAGGAAUCUGAUUGGUCAGAAAUGGGAGAAGAGACCCCAAGAUUCAUACUGACAGGCUCGAACAGAGGUCCUGUGUGGAGACACCAAGACGGAGACAUGGACAAAGACAGCGAGUGUGGGGUAGAGGACAUUUUUGGGCGACACUCCCCCCGUCCACUACAGAUACCUCACCUACAGUUCACCAUCCACAAUGAGACACACAUGUCUGAUGGUAUGGCAGGCGAGGGCACUUACAGGAUCGCCACAAGUCCAAUCCUCAGCUCUGCCAUCUUGAUCCGAUCCGCCAGCUUGGAGGACCUCCCUCAUGCACACCAUGAAAUGCAGAAGGAACUAAGAGGCACAGAGGUCAUGAUGGAUCUCCAUCACCACGGGGACACAGCCUCAGAUAAUCAGAUCAUUCAUCACUGGAGAGGAAGCAAUGACAUAGCCAUUGCACGGCCGAUAGAAACCAGGAUGUCAGAGGCAGAAAGCAGCCUGGUCAGUCUGCAGUCAGCCGAGAUGAUGCUCAAUCACUUCAUCUGUGAGCAUCAGAGCAGUGAAGGUAAUGGUCAGGGCAGAGCUGAGGUGCACGGCUGGACAGGAGGGAUUCCAGACGAGGUGUGGAAAGGGGAGCGCACACAGUUGUGAGAGAAACAUGAAUGCAGUGCUCAAUGUGUCAGAAAUACUGAUUUACUUUGAUCUUUAUUUUACAAAACAGGUUAAUAAAUCUCACUUACAGGGGCUCAGUACCACUAUUUUUGUCUGAGGAGUAUUAAGCUCUGAAUUCAAAUUGUUAGGCUUAAUAUAUUUACAAUGAUUGACUAUCUCUCACUCAAAAUCUGCACUCAAACGAAUAGUCUUGACACAUUCAAAGUAAAUCCUGUAAAAACAUUUAAAUAAUGAGAUCGAUACACAUUGUCAUGACACAAC